CACUGUACGAAUGUUUACAAUUUUUCACAUUGUAAAUUGAAACUAAAUAACAAAGUUUAAUUAAUAAACGCGAAAUAGCAAGAGAUGGCCCACUACAAGGGGGCCGCCAGCGAGGCGGGGCGUGCCGCCCAGCUGAUGAAGAAGCGCGAGAUCCAGCAGCAGGAGAUCGAGUUCCGCAAGAAGAAGAUCGAGGAGGAGCUGAAGCUGGACAAGAUUGAGAAUAAAUUCGCGACGCACUACGAUGCCGUGGAGCAGCAGCUCAAGUCCUCGACCAUCGGCCUGGUCACCCUCGACGAGAUGAAGGCCAAGCAAGAGGACAUUGUGCGCGAGAGAGAAAAAAAGCUGGCGCAGAAGAAGGACGAGAAGGAUCGGGAGAAGCAGCGUGCCCUAGAGGCCAUACAGGCGGAGAAGAACAAGCAGAAGCGGCAAAUACAGGCGCUAUCCUUCAACGUGGACGAGGAGGAGGAUGAAGACGGCAACGACGAUGAGGAGGAGGAGCUACAAGUAAAGGUGAAGCAGGAGGCCAAACCCAAGGCCAAAUGGACCGAAAUGCAGGACGCUAUAGUGCCCUUAAAGAAGAAAAAGAUCUGCAAGAACCCCGAUGUGGACACCUCUUUCUUGCCAGAUCGCGAGCGCGAAGAGCAGGAGAACCGGCUGCGCGAGCAACUGCGCCAGGAGUGGGUCAUGCAACAGGCGGAGCUUAAGGACGAGGACAUCUCCAUUACAUUCAGUUACUGGGACGGAUCAGGCCAUCGGCGCAGCGUACUGAUGAAGAAGGGGAACUCCAUCUACCAGUUCCUGCAAAAGUGCCUUGAGCUGCUGCGCAAGGAGUUUAUCGAACUGAAGACCGUAAUGGCCGACCAGCUUAUGUACGUCAAGGAGGAUCUGAUACUGCCGCACCAUUACUCCUUUUACGACUUUAUUGUGACCAAGGCCCGCGGUAAGUCCGGUCCGCUCUUCCAGUUUGACGUCCACGACGAUGUGCGCAUGAUCAGCGAUGCCUCUGUCGAAAAAGAGGAGUCGCACGCUGGCAAGGUGCUCCUCCGAUCAUGGUACGAGCGAAACAAGCACAUCUUCCCGGCCAGCCGCUGGGAGCCGUACGAUCCCACAAAAUCCUAUGACAAGUACACCAUUAAGGACAAGGACAAGAGCAAAAAGUAGUGCAAUUAUUAAGAGCUGCUAUUUUCACCUCGUUUUAUUAAAUUUACCUCAAACCCAUA